AACAACAACAAAAACCAAACCCAAGUGAAAGACAACACGACAACGAACAACAAUAAUUUAUAUAUAUGGGCCCAGCUCCCAGCCAACAAAAAAAAAAAAAGAAAAGUCACUUUUUUUUUUUAUUGUAAUUUUAUGUGAAGAAAAGAACACUUUUUUCUUCCCCAUUUUUUUUGUGUGUGCAAGAGCGUAGCCAUUUGCGCGCAACCUUAAUAUCAUAAAAACUUUUAUAAAAACUAAUUUAUAACAAUUAAAACACCACCAACGAACCUCCAUAAACUUGCUAAUUUAAAAUAAACAAAAAAAAAAACCUGCAGAAAAACGUAAUUUUUCCCCCAUGAAAUUUAACAUUUUUCAAUUCGCAGUCGAUAGAAGAAAAAUAUAAGAAAGAAAAAAAAAAAAAGUUUCUCCACGUCGUCGUCGAGUCGAACGACACAAAAACGCCAUUCGAAUGUGCAAAAUUUAUCCAAAAAAAAAAGUGUUGUUGAAAAUUUAUUAAUUAUAAUUUUUUACGAAAGAUAAAUUCGAGCCCAAUCAGCUGGUUUUUUUUUUUUUGGCUGGUUUGCUUGUUCGUUGGGGACGGCGCAACUCGUCUUCUUUUUUAGUGAUUAGCUAGCUUUUUCCAUUCGUAUAACAGAGCAAAAAAAAAAUACCUUUAGUCAAAUCGAAAAAAAAAAACAAGAAAACUUCCGGGGAAAAACAGAAAAUAUAAAAAAGUUGAUCGAAAAAGGAAAUAAAUUUUAUUUUCUAUAUAAUAUAUAAAAAAAAACAAAGCGAAUUCAGAAAAAAAAUAAAAAAAACACCAUCAUCAUUGUGCGGCGAAAUAGUUGUGACUUUUGUGAGCGAGCUGUCGCUGUCGUCUUUUUUGUUGCUGCUGUUGCCUGCUGCUGUCAGUUUCAGAUUCUGUCACGGUUCGUGCUGUCAAGAAUUUAAAGAAAUAAAAAAUUGAAUGUUCCAUUAAAAUUUCCUUGGAUAAGGUUUUCCACGAAAAACAAGGUGAGUUCAUAAGGAUACAAAUAAUAUGGUUUAGAACCGCCAAAACAAAAUGCAGUAUGAUAAUCAUGGCAGAAGCUAGUGGUGAUUACAAUUCUAGUUUAACCGGACUCCAAACCAACUGCGAUGGCAACACUGACAUGAUGCGCUCACGACGGCGACGCCAUUCGUCACGUUUCUCUUGUCUAAAAUGCUGCGGCGACUUUAUAAAUUACCUGAUCCGACUUCGUGUCAGUCCCGAAGAAAUGGAACAACGCCAUAUAUCUAAUGAAAUAGAUAAAUUCCUCGAAAAGGACAAGAGUGCAUUUCGCCGUCAAGUUAAACUCCUUCUCCUCGGUGCAGGCGAAUCGGGAAAAUCGACAUUUCUAAAACAAAUGCGAAUAAUUCACGGCGUCAAAUUCGAACCGGAAUUGGUUCGAGAAUAUCAAUUUAUAAUAUACCAAAAUAUAGUUAAGGGAAUGCAAGUUCUGAUCGAUGCCCGGGAAAAACUUGAAAUCCCAUGGGAGAAUGCAACAUCAGAAAAAGAUGCAUACUAUGCUAAUUUAAUGCAAUGCCAAAGUCUCGAUGUGAAAUUAUUUCGACAAAAUGCUUCAAUUAUUGAAAAACUAUGGCAUGAUCGAGCCAUACGACGUGCCUAUGAACGGCGCAACGAAUUCCAAAUCAGUGAUUCUGUCAGUUAUUUUUUAAAUGAUAUCGAACGAAUAGCUGAACUUGAUUAUGUGCCUACAUACAAAGAUAUCCUGCAUUGUCGAAAAGCAACCAAAGGCGUCUACGAACUCUGCAUUCGAAUACAAAACAUUCCGUUUGUGUUUGUCGAUGUGGGCGGACAACGGACCCAACGUCAAAAAUGGACAAAAUGCUUUGACUGUUCGGUGACGUCGAUAAUAUUCCUAGCUUCAAGUUCGGAAUUCGAUCAGGUACUGGCCGAAGAUCGAAAAACGAACCGAUUGGAAGAAUCGAAGAAUAUCUUUGAUACCAUUGUAAAUAAUACAACAUUUAAGAAUAUCUCAAUAAUAUUGUUCUUAAAUAAGAAAGAUCUAUUGGAACAGAAAGUGCGUGACACUGAGACUGACAUUCGCUGGUAUUAUCCACAAUUUGCUGGUAAUUCACAUUCGGUGGUAGAUGUGCAGAAUUUCAUAUUGCAAUUGUUUAUGAAUGUUCAUACGGGCAAUCAUACCCGCACAUAUCACCAUUUUACCAAUGCAGUUAGUACAAGAAACAUUGAACUUGUGUUUCAAUCAGUCAAAGAUAUUAUCCUGCAGCGAAACCUGAAUGCCUUGAUGCUGCAGUAGUCAUUCCACAAAUGUGUGUGUUUUUUUUUAGUAAUAACAGAAAAUAAAAAAAAAAAAAACAAAAUAGAGAAAAAGGAAUAAAGAUUCAUCAACUUUUUAUGUAUUACUGCCAAAUAUGAUUUUGUUUAAAUAAAUAUUCAGCAAUUCAGCAACGAACCACACACCACUAGCUAAGCAGCAAUAAGAGACGCAUAAGCCGCACAAAUACAGCAGAAAUUUGUUUAAAAGUACCACGACGAGAGAGAAAUCUCCCCCAUGCAAUACAACGAAAUUUAAAUUGCCGAAAUUCGAACGAAGAGACUCAUUUAUUUUGUCAUGGAGAAAUGAGAAAGACAAAUUAAAAAUCAAUGGAAAUCGAAAUAUCGUUGGUGUAAACAAAAUACAUAAUUUUUGUUUUAAGAAAACUCCUUCAUACUCGAAUAAAUAUAAAAAAUAUAAAAAAAAUAUUAAAAAUUAUUAUCAGAAACACCAAAAUAAAGUGAAAAGUGGAAGACUGACGCAAAAUAGCGCUUUUGAUAUUUAUACAAAAAAAUCAAAAUAAAAAACCAACUCGAAAACCCCGUUUUUUGGAACCAUGGUGUGCAAAACUUAUGUCUCUAUUCUUUUGUUUAUUUAGUUUUUCUCCUCAUAAUCAUUAUAAAUGUAAUUUUUGUAUGUUUUUUUUUUUAACAUUCACCAUGAAAAAAUAGGUUCCACAACUUGCUUUGCUCCACUGCCUUAUCUGCAGUUAAAAAGUUUUGUUAAUUUAUUUCUUUUUCUGUUGUUGUAGAAUGAAAAAUUUAAAAAAAUUGAAAAAAAAACAAACAUAUAAGAAUAA